UUCAAAGUAUAUCUAUUCGUUCUCUUCUUAUUCAAACCUCAUUUUCCUAUUCUAUUACUUUUUCUCUCAUCACCACUCUUUCUCUCUCUUCUUUAUACAUAAUUAAAUUAAGCUUUAAAGAGAACCCUUAUCAAAUCCUUCUAUAUAAUGUCCUUUCAAAUUGAAAACCCAAAUCAUCAAACAAAAAAUAAACCCUUUGGAGUUCAUCAUCACUAUGAUGAUGAUGAUGUUAUAAUCACAAGGGUUAUUCCUAUCACUCUUGAUCUUUUACGUAUCAAACAAUCUCCACCUCAACAAAAAUUUAAAAAUUUGUGUUCCGUUUUUUCAAAGGAUACGUCCCUUGACUUUAAGAAUAAACAAAAAAGGAGUUUAGAGGACCCCAUAAUAAGCGAGGAAAUCAUGAGUAGAAGGAAUGGAGAUAACAACAUGCAAAAGUUGGACUUAAAAUUGAACUUGUCACCACCAAGUGCAAGGCCAAGUGGGGCGAACCCCACGAUUGAAUCGCCUAGUCGAUCAGCCUCGGUUUCGCCCCUUAGCUCAUGUGUAUCGUCGGAUUUAUCGAUGAGUAGCCCCGAAUCGAGCUCGAUGGUGUUGGUAGGGUGCCCAAGAUGCCUAAUGUAUGUCAUGCUAUCGGAAGAUGAUCCUAAGUGCCCUAAAUGCAAGAGUACCGUCUUGCUUGAUUUCAUGCAUGAUAAGAAUAACCAUAAUAAUAAUAAUAAUAACAAUAACAAUCACAAUCGCAGUCGCAAUCGCAAUAACAACAAUUGGAGCAAUUGUGGUGGUAGCUCUAAGAAGACAAGGAGGAAUUAAACAAAAAGCUGAUUACUUAUUAGUUAAUUAAUUGAUAAACUUUCUUAGUCUAGAUUAAGCCCUAUUUUUAGCAAGUGGAAUUACAAUUAUGAUGUUAAAUUUGUAGUAGGAUUUUUAUGUUUGUAUCUUAUUUUAGUCAUGCAUCAAUAUAUAUUAUCUCCCUAAAUUAUGAAUUAUUUAAUUUUGUUAGUUUAAUGCAA